GAAUCAGUCAAUGGCUUUUCUUUCAAUGAUUAGUUUUUUUUAAGUAGUUCUGAAAUCAUCCGCUAGGUAGUCCACCAUUACUAUCUGAGACUUAUUUGUCGAGUUGUUGUCUUUGCCAAUUUGUUUUUAUAUUAUAUUUUGUUGAACGUGGAAUGUUUUCUAAUUGCUUGUGCGACCUUUAACUUUUGUUGUUGCACGUUUUGAAGUAUCAGAUAAUUAUGUCGAUGUAAGCCUGAGUGUUUUCGUAAUAUAAUGAAACACAAAUACAAGUUAAUUUUCUGUCUCACGGUACGGUUGACGAGAAUACGGAAAAUUGCGAUAAAUAUGAAAUGUUAUCUACGAAUUUCGAUGGAAAAUUGGAGGGUAAUAAGUUGAGAUAUAAUAGGUGUAUUUUGGAAAUUUGUUCGACUCAUUUUUCAACUUUAUGAAAUUUUUUAAAAUUGCGCUGAUCUCGAUUACAAAAUGUCUGUAUAAACCCAAAGUUUAAAAAAAUUCAUCGUUCCUGAGAUUCUCUAACAAUGUGAUUUUGCUAGAAUUUUGUACGUAUACGAUAGCUUAUGUUAUUAAAUAAAUAAAACCACCCCCGCCAGAUUUAUUCACCCAAGUUUCAAAUAAGCUCUGCUCUAUUUAUGGCGCGAAGCUUUUGAAUUUCCUCUUCGGUGAUUUUGUAUUUGAAAAUUGAUACCCAGUCAAUUGCGGAAGAUUAGAUGCGUAUAGUACAGAAUUUGCUAUGCAGUCGUGCACCCAUCGUGCACUUCAUGAGCGAAAAAUAAAAGGACUCUACACGCCCUAGUCACGCAGUUUUGACCGCCAUUUUUUUUCUGUGGAACAAAUGACGUCAUAGAAUUCAAAUUGAAACUUCGUUGCAAUGGAUUUAACGUUCUUUAUUUUGAAAUAUCAUCUUUCGCAAUCGCGGUGAAUCUUGAAUUGACAUCAACGGGGAGGACAAAAACCGGAUGCAGUGAGGCGUGCAUCCGUUCUAUUCAUCGUCGAAACGAACGUUGGGAGGUGGCGUGGCUUGUCAUGCACCUGCCACCUUACGGGCUGGGAUGACUGCUGGUCAAAUAUGGCUCCACGUUGAACGCCAAUGCAGGGUUCUGUUCCGACGAGUGAAUAAAUAUCACACAAGUAUAAUUCCGUGUUAACUCGUUAUUCAGUUUAAACCAGAAACCAGAAAGUACACUCGACCGCAUGCCAGUCAAUCCAAAUUGUCAGCCAUGAAGAGGGUCGUUCUUUUUAUCAACGGGACGGAUGUCAACGGCAAGGUAUUUAUGGUGACGCACUCUAUCGACGAGCUUCUAUGUGCAGCUAGUUUGAAGUUUGAAAUAUCCGCUAAAAGGCUGUUCACACCGCACGGCGGAGAAAUUGACGAUUUGAAGCUCAUCAGGGAUGACGAUGUUUUGUACGUAUCAAGUGGUGAAGAUUUUAUUACGAAAAAGUCUAACAAGGAGCGAAGUUCAUCGAAUAAUACGAGUUCGGAAUGGCUGACUUUGAACGUUGGCGGGAAAUAUUUCGUCACGACAAGGAGCACGUUGACCAACAAGGAGCCUAUGAGCAUGUUGGCUAGAAUGUUCUCCCAAGGCGAUGAUGACACCGGAUGGCGAAUACAACCAAGUGCCCAAGAUCAAAACGGAGCAUUUAUGAUCGAUAGAAGUCCAACGUACUUUGAACCGCUAUUGAAUUAUCUAAGGCAUGGUGAAUUAAUACUCGAAAAAAACAUAAACCCGGCAGGGGUUCUGGCAGAGGCGCGAUUUUACGGUAUAGAAGGUGCUUUCGAAAUCUUGGAGCCUAUGAUAGCGAAAUACAGUCCGGACGAAAAAGAAACGGCCCCAUUAACGCGCCGCGAUGUCCUCAGGGCGAUAUUAUCCACAUCCGCUCCUCACGAGCUUCGUUUCCAAGGUGUAAAUUUAGCUGGUACUGAUCUCUCGCGGCUUGAUCUUCGCAACAUCAACUUCAAGUACGCGAAUCUGCACGGCUGUCGCUUGUGCGGGACGAAUUUUUCCGGCUGUAAUCUGGAGCGUGCGGAUCUUUCGGGCAGCAACAUGGAAGGCGCUCAGCUCCUGAUGGUUCGAAUGCUUUGCGUCAAUCUCGAGGCGGCGUGUCUCAAGGGUUGUAAUUUCGAGGAUCCGACUGGUCUUCGGGCGAACCUUGAGGGGGCGAACUUGAAGGGCGCUAAUCUCGAGGGCAGCAACAUGGCAGGCAUCAAUCUUCGGGUCGCAACCCUCAAGAACGCGAAACUAAGGAACUGCGAUCUCAGAGCUGCGGUUCUCGCUGGCGCUGAUCUUGAGUUUUGUGACUUCUCUGGAUCCGAUCUCAACGAGGCGAAUCUUCGCGGUGCAAACUUGAAGGAAGCUACGUUCGAUUUUAUGCUGACGCCACUUCAUAUGUCUCAAACCGUACGGUAAUAAUUAUUGAACGGCGUGUAUAACUAUGUUAUCCAACGUAAUCCGUGAUAUGAAUUUGUUGCAAAAAAAAAACAAAAAAAGAAAUCUAAACUUGGAAUCGUAUUUUGUGUAAAUUAGUUUUAUAAUACUGAAUCAAUGAUGCUUCCGUAAAUACUUGUACGAUUCUCAUUUCUCUCGAAUUCAACGAAUGAAGAGGAGAAUCAAAAAAGAUGGCGAGUGCCGGUAGCUGAGAUAGAGAGUAGAAAAAAAAAAACUAACGGAGAAAAACGAUUUUUUUCCGCCACAUACUUAAUUGUCAACGGAAUUUUUUUUCUGUCCAAAUUUACACUCGCAGCGUUUUUGAAUUUUCUUCUUCAACUUUAUAACCUCAAUAAUACAACUCGUGGAUUGAAUUUCUACGGAAAUUUAUAAACGGAUAGAGUUUUAUGUUCAGAAUAAAAUUUAUCGGCUGUGUC